UUAAUGUAGAUCUCUGUUGCCAAUGAAACAUCUCUAACUCCCUCUCUGACCUUUUAAUACUCUUUCUGUGACACGUUUCACAUAAAAUCAAAGUUAUUCUGCUGUGAAAUAUAAUUUUUGACAGUGACACUUUCCCAGACUUUAUUUUAUAUUUUUGAUGCAAAAUGCCUUUCAUCGAGCACGUUUCUGACGCAGAUCUGGAGCGCUUGGCUCUGGAGCGGGUCGUCCCGGCGCUGCAGGACUUUGGCUUCUGUUAUUUGGACGGGGUCCUGGGGGAAGUGGCCGGGGGCGAGGUGCUCCAGCAGGUGAUCGAUAUGCACCAGGCCGGGGUGCUGCAGGACGGCCGGCUGGUAGGCUCUGUUCCCGGGGUGCACCGGAGCAGUAUCCGCGGGGAUAAGAUCGCCUGGGUGAGCGGGAUGGAGCGCGGCUGCGAGGCGAUCAACUUCCUGCUCAACAUGAUCGAUAAGAUGAUCGCUGUGUGCGCGAGCCGGCUGGAGAGCAAGAAGAUCCGCGAGAGGUCCAAGGCGAUGGUUGCUUGUUACCCUGGAAACGGGGCAGGUUACGUGAAACACGUUGAUAACCCGAACUCUGACGGCCGCUGCAUCACCUGCAUCUACUACCUCAACAAGGACUGGAGCGCCAAGGAGCACGGAGGCGUCCUCAGGAUCUUUCCGGAGGGGACGUCCUUCGUGGCCGACAUCGAGCCGCUGUUCGACCGGCUGCUCUUCUUCUGGUCCGACCGCAGGAACCCCCACGAGGUGCAGCCCUCCUUCAAUACCAGGUACGCCAUCACUGUUUGGUAUUUUGACUCGGAGGAGAGAGCCGAGGCUAAGAGACGCUUCAAAAACCUGACAGAUUCCUCUCUGAAGCAGAGCAGCUGAUCGUUGGGAGAAUCUGAGGCUCAAAGCUUCUGGAAAAGCUAAUAGAAAAAGUUGAAAAAAAAGAUGUCACUCUUCAGCAGAUCAACCUGCCAGAGCUGCCGUUUCCUGCUGAUGGUGCCUUCAGGUGACCUGCUGAUGAUGCCUUCAGGUGACCUGCUGAUGAUGCGUUCAGGUGACCUGCAGAUGAUGCCUUCAGGUGACCUGCUGAUGGUGCCUUCAGGUGACCUGCUGAUGAUGCCUUCAGGUGACCUGCAGAUGAUGCCUUCAGGUGACCUGCUGAUGAUGCCUUCAGGUGACCUGCUGAUGAUGCGUCCAGGUGACCGAUGCGUUCAAGUGACCUGCGGUGAUGCGUUCAGGUGACCUGUGGUGAUGCGUUCAGGUGACCUGUGGUGAUGCGUUCAGGUGACCUGCAGCUGCUCAGGACGUUCCUGCUUUACUCUCCACUGAGUCGAGGGGAAGAGAGGACUUCUGCUCGCUUCACCCUACAGGAGGGGAGAGGAAGAACUCUUUAAAGUUUACAGACAGAACAUGAGACUUUAAACCUGUGAGACUGUACUUUGACAUGUUCUUUAUUCAUCUUUGAAAAGAGGUGAAGACACACAGGAGUGUUUAGACAUGAACAGAGGGGGUAAAAGUACACACAUCCUUUACUCAAGUACAAGUACACAUACUCGUGUUUAAAAAUACUCUGGUAAA